UCUCUACGCAUUUUUCACAUAACACAAAUAUAUUAUCAAAUAUGGGACUCAAACAUAUUCCCAUGGCUACCAAAAGAGUUGCUACUCUUGUUUUCUUCGUUUUGUUGGGCCUAGGCAUUUGUUCUGCCACUAGAUCCCUCUUCCAUGUUGAAGAGGAACAUGUCCACACUGCCACAGUUGGCUAUGGCACUCAUGGUGCAGCCAAAGUAGGUUUGGGUGUGGGUGUAGGUGUUCAUGUCGGUGCGGGUGGAUAUGGAAGUGGUGCGGGUGGUGGAGAAGGAGGCGGUGAAGGCUAUGGAGGGGCCGGUGGACAGGGUGGAGGGGGAGGCGGAGCUGGAGGCUCCGGAUAUGGAAGUGGAGGUGGAAAAGGUGGUGGGGAAGGUUAUGGUGGGGGUGGAAAAGGUGGUGGAGGAGGUGGAGGCAGUGGCGCUGGAGGUGGAGGUGGAGGCGGUUCGGGAGGGAAGGGUGGUGGUUAUGGAGGUGGGGAAGGAAGUGGUAGUGGGUAUGGUGGAGGAGCAAGUGGAGGUGGAGGUGGUGGUGGAAGUGGUGGAGGAGGUGGAGGAGGUUAUGGUGAAGGAGGAGCACAAGGAGGUGGUUACGGCGGUGGCGAAGGAGCCGGUUCGGGUUCAGGUUCAGGUGGAGGAGCCGGUGGUUAUGGCGGUGGCGGUGGUGGUGGUUCCGGUGGUGGUGGUGGGCAUGGUGGUCGUUAUGCACCUGUGUUUUUGGAAGCCAAGGAUUUUUUAAUACAUACCAUGUCAACUUACAAAGUUGUAAGCGUUAUUUUUGUUAUGUUAUUUGGAUCAAUUGGCAUAGUAUGUGCUUCCAGACCACUUCACCCUUCGAAAGGACCGUCUGGCGGUGGUGCAGGCUAUGGAGGUUCUGGCAGACAUGGUGGUGGCCAUGGCAGUGGAGCUGGUUAUGGACCUGGAGGUGAGCAUGGUGUUGGACAUGGAAGAAAGAAUUCAUGGGAAGGCGGUGGUGCUGGAUAUGAAGGUGCAUGGGGUUUCGGCAAUGGAAAUGGAAAUGAUUGGGAGCAUUGGGGCCAUGGUGGUGGCUACGGCAGUGGAGCUGGUUAUGGAGCUGGAGGUGAACAUGGUUUUGGAUAUGGAAGUGGGGUUGGUACUGGAUUUGGUGGAGGCUACGGCGGAGGCAGAGGAGGUGGGAGUGGCAGUGGCUAUGGCGGUGGUGGACCACAUGGCGGUGGCGGAGGUGGUGGUGGCGGUGGAAGUGGCGGAGGGUAUGGUUGGGGAGGGGGGUACGGUGGAGGUGGUACAUAUGGUGGAGGGUAUGGACAAGGUGGUGGAAGUGGUGGUGGUGGAGGCUAUGUACCUUGAACAAAAAUUAUCUCAUUAGGAACUAGGAAGAAUCUAUAUAUAUAUAUAUAUAUAUAUUAUAAACAUAAUGUGAGCUAUUGAAGAGCCAUCAACUAAAUCAGAGACUGAUCUGAUAGAUCUAGACGUUUAAGUCUGUAAGGCAAAGUUUAGUGACUAAUAUAUUUUAAAUUGAUCU